AUGUCUAACCCCAGUGAUGGCACCAACGCAACCACCAAACACCCAACCCAAACCAUCAAGAUGUGUAAACAAAGGACCACUGUCUACACCUGCGGAGACGCACGAACUUCAUUUCAUCCGUGUGCCCAUGCAUUGGAAAACAACAUCACGGUAAUGGCAUGUCCAUUCUUCGAGCAGGAAAGGGAAGAUGCAGCGGAAGGUGACUGCUCUUGCUCUCGCUGUUUUGAAGCAGCGAGAUUUCGCGCACAGAAAGAGAAAGCCAAGCGAGUCUGUCCUUCCACCAGUAUAAGAACAGGAUUACGUGUGGUAUCAGGUCCAAAAACAGGUGGAGGAGCAAAUCCGGAUUAUCCGACAAUAUUGGAGGAAGAUGACGGGGCUGAAGAAGAAGCUGAAGAAAGACCUUCUGAAGAAUAUGCUUUAGAAAUCAAAGGUAAGAGCAUCGAUAGAGAGGAACAUCCGAACUAUUCGAGAGCAUCAAAGGAACACGAAGAGUAUGAAGACAGACCUCCAACACGCGCGAGCCAACGAGAACGACCUGUUGCCGAGCCACGCGACACCCCGCUCAAGCCAUCCAAAACGAAGACAAUGGCAAGGAAGAUGAGCGACAAGAUGAAGCAGUUGGCGAAGUCAUUCUCGAAGAAAAACGGUGAGUAA